GAAACCGCCCUCCCCCCCGGCCAAUGUCGCAGGGUGAUGCCACCCAACAACGCCACAUCUGGGGAGGCCUCGCUGCGCCAGGCCAUGAAGGUCACCACGGCCGUGGCUUUUGGCUUCAUCUUCUUGGCAGGGGCGGCCGGGAACGGGGCGGUGCUGUGGGUCACGGGCUGGAAGCUGCGCUGGACCCCCAACACCGUGUGGUUCUUCAACCUGGCCGUGGCCGACGUGGCCUCCACCUCUCUGAUCCUGGUCACCGUCCUGUACCUGGCCCUGGAUCUGGACUGGCCCUUCGGCUCCGUGGCCUGCAAGUUGGCCAACUGCCUCUUCGGCUUGAGCCUCUGCAGCGGGGUCCUGCUGCUCAGCGCCAUCAGCGUGGACCGGUGCGUGGUGGUGGUGGCCCCUGUCUGGUGCCGCAAUCACCGCACGCCACGGCUCAGCUGGGUGGCCUGUGCCACUAUCUGGGCCCUGUCGCUGGCCACCUUCGUGCCCAGCUCCUUCCUCUUCUCCGAGCUCUCCUUGGAGAGGAACCGGAGCUCCUGCAGCAACCUGGACGUUUUCCAAGACUGGAGGCGCCAAGAGGCCGAGAUCUUAACCGUAUUCAUCUUCCUCUCCCAGUUCCUCCUGCCCUUGAUGGUCAUUUCCGUGUCCUACUCCAUUCUGGUGGUGGCCAUGAGGCGGAAGAGGCUGGCCAAGUCCAGCAAGCCCCUCCUGGUGGUCACCAGAGUCAUCUUCUGCUUCUUCCUCUGCUGGUCGCCCUACCAUGCCUUGGCCUUAGCCAGGAUCUCCAUGGCCCACAUGCCCAGCGCCGUGCGCCUGGUGGCCAUCCCUCUCUCCAAGUGCCUGGCCAUGUUCAACAGCUGCAUCAACCCCCUGCUCUACGUCUUUGCCGGGAGGGAGUUCCAGAAUGCCGUGCGGAGGCCGCUGGUGCAAGCCUUCAAGGCAGCCUUCGACGAGGCACCACCAACUCAUGUGUGACAGGGGAGACGCCAUACUGCAGGAAGCCAGCUGAGGGAGCUCUCCCCUGGCAGGCAGGGCUAGCCCUGA